ACCAACACUCUCAAACCCUCCCAACAACUCUUUAAUCAGAACCGCGUCCUUCAAACCAUACACGAUCCCAACUCCAACCUCUGCUUCUCCCUCGACGAUUAUUGCGACUUUGGUCCCAAUUUCUUCUACCCUAAUGGCCAAAUCAACCGAAGAACAACUCAAACCUCUCUUCGAUUACCACCGUGCUCAACCCUUCGAUGUUGUCUGCCUCAAUGAUGAUUGUUCAGAUUCAUCCCCAGCUUUCUCUCCCAAACGAAGGAAGCAUUCGUAUACCGCUGUUGAGAAGGUAGAUAAGAAUGAGAAAUUCAUAGAGGUUGUUGAUUGUGAAGAUAAGGAAGAGGAUGAUUGGCUAUCUCCACCUCCUAAAGUUUCAGUUGAUACACUGAAACUUGGUGAGGAUUCAACUAUAAAGGAAUUGAGGUUUAUCCUGAAGGAACACAUUUGAUGAUUCCCUUGUUUGAAAGGCCUAUCGUUAAUGAUGUUCGUGCACGUCCCAAUCUUGUUGAGAGCUCUUCAGGGAGUCAUGAUCUCCAAAUGGUAAAGUUUGUUUUACAGAUUUUCUUAUAUUUAUCAUGCACAAAAUAAAAUGAAAACAAAACUUGUUGGUUUAUUAUAGCGACUUUUUCCAGAUAUGGCAUACUUGAUCUCUUCAUAAUUUUUUUAAGUUUCGAACUC